GUUGAGACGAAAAGGCAACCAAGGAAACAGAGGUCUGUUCUUUUGCUCUGCACUGCUGCAAUGAGUUAGAGUGAGACAAAUAUAUAUUUGUCUUACUCUAACUUAUUGCACCUGUGCAGCAGUGCAAAGCGAAAGAACAGACCACAGAUCUGAAACCAUAGAGAGAGAGAGAAAGAGAGAGUACGUUGAGAGGUCGAACACUUUCGGACCAGAUUGUUUUGGAAUUCGUACCUCGGUAUCUUGGAUGAAAAGACAAUAGAGAUAAGUCUGAGUUCAAGUAAAAUAAUAAGAGACAAGAGUAUCACGUUGAAUUGGUUUGGACCAUAUCAUAAUUUUGUCAAAGUUUGGUGCGUUGUAUAGCACUUAUUGAAUUAUUUAUUCACAAUAUAUUGCGUACAGACAAUCUCUUGAACCACGCAAUCGAGGAUAAUCUUCGACACUAUGUUAUUAACGAACGUAUUACUGAAACCUAAGAGCAAAAAUAUCAUGGUCUUAGUAGAAAGUGUUGUAACUGGUCACAAGAUAAUACGUAUACGAGAGAGGAUAGCUGAUAAACUUGAAUUCUUACAUUUUGAUCCUUACGUUCAAUGCAAAGUUCUUUAUAGAGAACUAAAGAGAAUACGUAGCAUGAAGUAGUAUGUACAUCUAGUUUUUACUAUAACAUAUAAGCAAAAUAUAAAAGAUAAAAAUACAAGAUGGACUAAGAAUGCUUACCCAGCUUGAAAUAUAAAGCAACACAACCUUUA